GCGAUCAAAAUCGCAAACAUCAACGUGCUACGUAUCAAAAAACAUGCAGUACGGUAAAAAAGAUUUCAGUUUCAUUCGAGACACGAGUAUCGACGCUUCGCGAAGAGUUUAAAACUAGCUAUCCAGAGCACACAGGUUUUCGCAUUAUGGAUAUAAUCGUCGACAUACAGGGUUUCCGUGAUGCUCGCGAGAAAUUUAUCCCUAAAGAAGUUGCCGUUGUCGCCGUUGACGCGCCAAUUGUCGGACAUUGGAUUAUGAUGCCCCCGCAUUCGUUUGGCGAAUUACCGGAAAAUGUAAGACGACAAAAUAAUUGGCUCACGCGAAAUUAUCAUGGUAUUGAAUGGUUCGACGGCGAAGCUAAUCCGAAAUAUUUUACAACGCAUCUACGCGAAAUAACAAGACAUGCCCGAUAUAUUUAUGUCAGAGGAUGUGAAAAAGCAAGCUAUUUGAGAAAUUUACUCUCCAGAGAUAUAUAUAAUUUGGAAGAUAUUUCCCCUGCAUUUAAAAAUCUAACGUCGAGAGAAGAACGCGGACGAUAUUGUGGUUAUCACGGAUUUCGAAAAUUCGGAAUCUUUCAUUGUGCAUUACGCAACGCGAACAAAUUAAAAUGUUGGAUACUCGAGCAAAAUAAUUUCGUCGACGGCAUUGGGAACAAUAGUACUCCAACUUGUCACACUCCGGAUAAAUGUGAAAUAUCCUAUGACAAAAACGAGGAAAUCAGUAAUGCAGAUGAUAUUUCUUAUAUCAUAAAUGAAAAUAUUAAAACGCUGUCAAAUAGCGAAAUAGAGAAAAAAGAAAAUUUUGUGCAUUGA